AUGAAAGAGGCAAUCUGGUUGAAGGGAGUACUCUCUGAACUUAAGUUUGUGAAGUUAUCUCCUAUUGUGUUCUCUGAUUCUCAGUCUGCAAUUCAGUUAUGUAAAAACUCUGUUUUUCAUGAUAGGACAAAACACAUUGAUGUUAGAUUUCAUUACAUUAGAGACAUUGUAGAAAAAGGUGAAGUAUUUCUUCAAAAGGUUCACACUGAUAAAAACCCUGCUGAUAUGGGGACAAAAAGCUUACCUGUUGAGAAACUUCUUUUCUGCAUAAGGUUUUUGCAUUUUGAUUUAGGUAUAUGGCUAGAGGCAGGAAGUCCUCCUAGACUAAUGAGUUUAAUCCCUCUGGUGUCUGGAGGCAGCAUGAAAGUAGGAUUAAAAAGAAUGAAGAAACAAUCUGAUCUUCGAAAUAUGUUCAAAAGAAUGAAAUCUCAUGAUAGUUCAAGUUCUUCGGCUCCAAAUGAUAAUAUGUCUCCUUCAAAUGCUAGUGCGUCUCUGGCUCCUCCCAAUGUUACCGUGACUCCUUCAAAUGUUAGUGUGUCUCCGACUCCUUCAAAUGUUACCGUGACUCCUUCAAAUGCUAGUGUAUCUCCGACUCGAAGUGUCCCGACACAUAAUGAAGUUGUUUCAAAAGUGACUUUGGAAAAUGCUCCUGGAAAUUGUCAAUUGAUAUCUCCAACUAUUCAAAAGGAUAUUAUCAAUUGUUGUGCUAAAGAAACAACUAAGCAAAUUGUGGAAGAACUUGGUGUUGACUAUUUUGAUAUAUUAGCGGACGAAUCAAGUGAUGUGUCACAAAAGGAACAAUUAUCUCUUUGCCUACGCUAUGUUCAAAGAAAAAUGGGACAGGUAGCGGAAAGAUUCAUUGGUCUUGCUCAUGUUGGUGAUACCACAGCUUUAUCUCUUAGAAGUGCAAUCAUAUCAUUGCUUAUUGAACAUUCAUUUAGCCCAUCUAAGAUUCAAGGACAAGGAUAUGAUGGGGCUAGUAACAUGAAGGGUGAAAUACAUGGAUUGAAGACUUUGAUUAUGGAAGAUACUCCAAGUGCUUACUACGUCCACUGCUUCGCCCACCAACUUCAACUGACUCUUGUAGCCAUUGCAAAAAAGAACGAUGAAUGUGCUUGGCUUUUUGAUACGAUUGCAAAUUUAUUAAAUGUUGUAGGAGUUUCUUGCCAGAGACGAGAAUUGAUUCGUGAAAUUCAAGCACGAAAACUUGCUCAAGCCUUGGAAAUUGACGAGCUUGAAACAGGGUCAGGGGUAAAUCAAGAACUCGGUUUGAAGAGGCCCAGGGACACUCGUUGGAGUUCUCACUACAAGACUCUUUUAAAUGUCGUGGACCUAUUUUCUACAAUUGUUAAGGUUCUUAUGAUUAUUGGAAAGAAUGGCUCUAAAUCGGAUGAUAAGUGCAAAGCUCAAGGCAUUUUGUACUCAAUGGAGUCAUUUGACUUUGUUUUUAUGGCACAACUAAUGACUACUAUAUUUGGGUACACUAACAAUUUGUGUCUUGCUUUGCAAAGAAGGGAUCAAGAUAUAAUUAAUGCUAUGAGGCUUGUCUCUUUAACCAAAAGUCAACUACAAAAAACGAGGGAGGAUGGAUGGGAGAUUCACUUGAACAAGGUAAUCUCAUUUUGCAAUAAUCAUGGCAUUGUUGUUCCAGAUUUGGAAGCUUGUUAUGUGCCUCAUAGAAGAUCAAAGCGUUUUGUUCAACAAGUUUCCUAUCGUCAUCAUUUUCGCAUUGAUGUGUUUAUAGAGUGUGUACCCAAACUUGCAACAUUUUAUCCUUCUGAUUUUUCAAGCAUUGAUUUGAGGCCUCUUGAUUGUCAACUUGAUAUAUUCAUGGAGGAUGUGAGAAGAGAUAAUGACUUUCAGAAUUUGCAAGAUCUUAGUUCUCUUUCAAUGAAGUUUGUUGAAACAAAUAGGGAUGUGGCUUACCCCUUUGUCUUUUUGCUUAUCAAGUUGAUUUUGAUUCUUCCGGUUGCUACUGCAAGUGUAGAGAGAGUAUUUUCUGGAAUGACGUUUGUGAAAAAUAAGUUGCGAAAUAAAAUUGGUGAUAAACCUUCGAAUGAUUGUUUGGUGACUUUCAUUGAGAAAGAAAUGUUUCUACAAGUCUCUGAUGAUGAUAUAGCCCAUCGCUUUGAGGAAAUGAAGACUCGUAGAAAAAUAAAUUAG